CCCCCGCUCUCCAUAGUUACCGCGCUGUGGAGGCGGCAGCCAUCUUGGCGGCGGAGCGAUGAGCGGGUCGAACCCGAAGGCUGCGGCCGCGGCGUCGGCAGCUGGGCCCAGGGGGCUGGUGGCUGGCAAGGAGGAGAAGAAGAAGGCGGGAGGCGGCGUCCUGAACCGCCUGAAGGCGCGAAGGCAGGCGUCCAACCACGCGGCCGACGACGGCGUCGGGGCAGCCGUCACGGAGCAGGAGCUGCUGGCGCUGGACACCAUCCGGCCCGAGCACGUCCUGCGCCUCAGCCGGGUCACCGAGAAUUAUUUAUGUAAACCUGAAGACAACAUCUACAGUAUUGAUUUCACCCGCUUCAAAAUUCGAGAUUUGGAGACAGGGACAGUGCUUUUUGAGAUCGCCAAGCCUUGCGUUUCAGACCAGGAGGAGGAUGAGGAGGAAGGAGGGGGAGACAUAGACAACAGUGCAGGACGUUUUGUUCGUUACCAGUUCACACCGGCAUUUCUCCGCCUCCGGACGGUCGGGGCUACGGUGGAGUUCACAGUGGGAGACAAACCUGUGUCAAACUUCCGGAUGAUCGAACGGCACUAUUUCCGGGAACACUUGCUGAAAAACUUUGACUUUGAUUUUGGCUUCUGCAUUCCCAGCAGUAGGAACACUUGUGAACAUAUCUAUGAAUUUCCCCAGCUUUCGGAGGAUGUCAUUCGUCUGAUGAUUGAAAAUCCUUACGAGACCCGCUCUGACAGCUUCUACUUUGUUGACAACAAGCUGAUAAUGCACAACAAGGCUGAUUAUGCCUAUAAUGGAGGCCAGUAAGUGCUGCAGGAGUAGACAGGGGAGGUGCUUUGCCGCGGCCACAAGAUCCUGGCACACAGGGGUGAUGGAAGCUGCAGUUUGUCAACAUGCAUCUGGAACCUGACCCCAGGAAGCCAAGGCUGGGGUGGGACUUUCCUGUGUGCCAAAGGAGGUGCCAAACAGUGCUGUGUUUUCUUCCCCAGUAUUUUUUCUUCCCUUUUUUCUCCCCCUGUCCCUUAGGUCUCAGAGGUACUAUAGUAAAGUAAAAACUUAGGAUAAAGCUCCUGGAAUCCAGAUGAAAAAAGUUUUAUUUUUCUGUAGUUCUGGCUGCCUGUUGGUUGUCUUGACGAGCUCUUUGUCUCUCCAGGCAUAGCUGUGCCUGGUGCGAAGGCUCCGGCCAAGCCCACUGGCAGGUCUGCAGCUCUUGAGGUUCCUGGGUGCUGUGGGAAGCCGAGAGGUUUGCCUCUUCCAGGUAGCUCCUCCUCUCCCCUCUGGAGUUGCCCUCAGCACAGUCUGCCCUUGGUCUGUGUAAAGCAGGCAUCCCCACACUUUUUACACAGGGGGCCAGUUCACUGUC